AUGGGGGCAAGGGAGGAGCAGGUGGCCGGGGAAGGGACGAAGGGUGGGAAAAAGAAGACGAAGAGGAGGAAAGAGGCGGGAGGGGGGGAGAAGGUAGAACACAGGGAACUGCGAGGGCAGGCAGGGGCCGAGGCGGAAGAGGGGGGGGUGAAGAAGAGAACGCUAGGGACAGAGGAGCGAGGGAACGGGAGGAGGCGAAAGACGGGGGCGGAAGACGACAACGCCGGGAGGGCAGGGGGGGCAAGGGCGGGGAAAAGCGCAAGGGGGAAAGGGGGAACGGAAGAACGGGGGAAUGAGACUCCGGAUAAAGACAAAAGGGCAGGGAAGGGAGGAAGUCGGGAGGGGAGAACAGAUGAGACAAAGGGAGGGCGGGGCAGACAAGGGGAAAAGCGAAAAGCGGAAGAAAGGGGAGGGCAAAGGGGGCAGGGAAGAAAGAAGAAAACCAAGACAAAGUGCGGAAGGCGAAAACCCCAGCGAAGAGAGACGGGGUGGGGAAAACAUGCAAGGGCAGGGCGACACCAGAAGUCGAGACAGACGGGGGCCGAAGGGAAACAGGGGAAAAGCAAAAGGGACGAAGGGGAAAGAAGGGUCGGCGAGAAACGAGAGAAAAAGGGCAAGGAAAAGGAGCAGGGAACGGCGCCGCCGGUGUGA